GAGGUAACCUUUCCAAGAUACAAACAUUUCAAGUUCUUACACGCCUAGAGCGCACAUGUAAGCAUCUUUCGAUGCGUAUAUUACAUUUUCUAUGCAGUGUAUAAUGUUUGAUAUACAUCGUGGUGUUUUUGUAAGACAGAGAGCAACACGGACAUAAUUUGAAAGGCUCGACAGUUGUGGUGGCUUGACUUUGCGCGCGUUCUCAGCAGUAGACAGCAUGGCCGGUGGUAGCGGGUCGCUGGAGGCCCAGCUCUCGGCGCUCCACGCGCUGCUCGCCGAGCCCGAUCACGCUCACGGCUCGGUAGAGGCGCACAACCUGGUGGCCGACAUCGGGCAGAUCUGUCUGCGACACACACAGGACAGAGAUGUCGCCUUCUGCUGUUCCGUGCUGUUCCAGGAGUCGACGGGAAUCACAGCCUUCCUGCGCAAAACUGUCACGCUGGACCAGUACCAGCCUGCAAAGGUAGAGGCGCUGUCGUUCCUGCUGGCCUUCAUGGAGAAAGUCGGGAAGAAGAUCCAGCCCCAUGCAGUGGAGGUCAAGGAUGUCUGCAUGGCGGUCUUCAGCAGGGACAGGUUAUCCAGGGUCAAGUGCGCAACUUUCCCGGUCCUGAAGAAGGUUCUACAGCUGACCAUCCACUCCCAGCUGGGGGACGACCUCCGGGUGUCGGACAUGAUGGACAGGAUGUUUCUGGAGCUCACCAAGAAGAGCCAGACCACUGCCACAGUGAAGGGCGGUGCCCUGUCCCUCCUGGGCGUGAUCUCAGAAGUCUACCCUGAGCUGAUGGUGCAGAAGGACUCGCCUGACCGCCUCCUUAAGGUGUACCUCUCCUCUCUUAAGGAGCAGAUGGAGUCCCGCACCAGGAAACCAGAGAUGGCCAUCAUCGCCGGGUGCCUGGAGGGCCUGACACACUUCCUGGUCAACUUCACACAGUCUGUGGAGGAGGGAAGUGCUCAUUCCAAGGACAUUUACACCUUUACCCGGAAGGCUGUGUCACCUCAGGUGGAGAUGGCGCGGUAUGAUGUACCCAAAGCUGGCCUGUGGCUCCUGGCCAAACAUGCAGCCCAGUUUAACGUGUACCUGAUGAACGACUACGAGGACAUGUACAGGAAGCUGUACGAGUGGAGUCAACAUCCCAACAGAGAUGACAUGUACAGGAAGCUGUACGACUGGAGCCAACAUCCCAACAGAGAUGUGAAGCAGGCAGGAUACGCAGCGUUGGAGGCCUUCCUCAAACAGAUAGCGGACAUGCUGGUCACCAGACAUGAGCAGGGGGACAACAAGGCUAACCUGGCUGUGUUUAAGUUCUUCAUCCGAGAGUUUCGCUCCAUCAUCGACACGACGGAGGCCGGUACCCGGGAGAUGUCCAUCGCCGUACGGGGGUAUGGCUUCUUCGCUGCUCCCUGUAAGAUGUUUUUGUCGGAGAGCGAUGUGAAGUUCAUGUUCAGCGAGAUGAUGCAGAGGAGCGAGCAGCUGUACUUUGGCACGUCCGACAGUCUGGAGGACAAGGUGCAUCACCUGCCCAGCUUCCUGGAGGCUCUGGCCAGCAUCGUCCAACACCUGGAUCAGUUGUCGGACAUGUUUGUGACGUCACUGGAGAGACUUGUCGUCGUCCUGUUCGAGAACUUCCCGCGGCUCGGCAAGAAGAUGCACCUGAUCUGCCAGAAGGCCAUCCUGAAGGUGCUGCUGGCCCUGGUGCCGAAGGGGGCGACGCUACGGACGUUCCUCGGGAGGAUAGUCUACCAGGCCCUGAUCCGGACCUGCUCCCACCCUAAUGUUAUAGAAGGAGUUACGGCCGAAGACGACGACCUCCCAGUCUCUACAGGGGAGGGCGGAGACCAGCCGGUGCAGCAGCCGGUCAAACGGUUCUCCUACCGGGACUACCUGGAGCUGUGGGGCAACCUGCUGGACAGCUCCAGAAUCAAGGAGCUGUCCCAGUGGGGUGUUGCUGUGGCCGACCGACAGGCCAUGCACAGGAUGCUGUAUGACGAGCUGGUGACCUCUGUUCUCAAGGUCAUCGACAAACUUGACCUGACGACCUCCAAACAGGCGGAAACUGGUACUGAGGAGCUGACCCUUGAUGACCUCAGCUCCCAGGACAGAGUGACCUCUGACCCCAUCACCGGGCUGCAGGCGGCCAAACCAAGGGACUUUGUGGUUUUCAUCAACGUGGUUGAUUUCUGCAGGGAUCUGUUACCUCAUCACCACCCGGAGUACUUCCAGUGCUGGGUCUACACAGUCGGCCAUGCCCUCAUCCUCCACUCUACCAGACUGCCCCUGGUGAGCGGCUUCUACAAGCUGCUUUCCGUCUGCAUGACCAUCUGUACCAAGGUCAAGUACUUCAAGGACCUGGACACGAAGGUCAUCAGCCCCUCGGAAGAGUCCAUGGACACGGAGGGGAGGGACAGGUCCUCGGAGGGACAGGCCUGCUUCACUCUGUUCAGGAAGUUUGUCAGGGAGAAACAGUACAAGGACGACCUCCUGGCAGCCUGCCUCAUGUUGGUGCUGUCCCUGCCGCACCAGAUCGUCCAAUCAGAGAUCAGCUCACUGGUCCCCGCCCUACAGACGACGUUCCGACUUGGCCUGAGCUACCUGCCGCUGGCCCACGCCGGACUGGAUGCCCUGGAGAGGUGGUUAAUGAACCUCCCCCGCUCCGCGCUGGAGCCGCACUUCCCCCACAUCCUGCCGUACCUGGACAGCUACCUGCGGACCAGUGCUGAUGCUGACAGCAGUGGUGAUGGGUUCCAGACCGUAUCCCUGACCGCAACCUCCUCCACACGAGGGAAGAGGAAGAUUCCUGUCAAACUCCUCAAGGCAGCUGCAGAAGGGAACCAGGCCCAGGAGAGUGACCUGGUGAAAGCCAGACUGAGGAUAGUCCGGUUCCUAGGCUCCUUGGGUGGCCACACUAACGCCUGCCUGGUGACAGGCCUUACAGCCGAGGACCUGGCUAAACGUGCCGUAGCCUGGGACACGCAGACGCACCUGCAGUUUGCUGUUCCCUUCAUGGACAUGAAGCCCACCGUGUGCCUGGACCCGUUCCUGCCCAGAAUCUGUGAGCUUGCCACCACCUCAAGCGACAGACAGACCAAGGUAGCAGCCUGUGAGCUGCUCCACUCCCUAGUGCUGUACAUGGUGGGGCAGGGAGCACAACAACCUGGGGAGACACAGGCUAAGAACCCGAUGACCAGACUGUACAAGAAGGUGUUCCCUGUCCUGAUGCAGCUGGCCUGCGAUGUGGAACAGGUUGCUAGGCAACUGUUUGAGCCCCUGAUGCUGCAACUGAUCCACUGGCUGACCAACAACAGGAAGUACGAGAGUGACGAGACCGUCGCACUUCUGGACGCCAUCAUGGAUGGUCUGGUGCACCCCACAGACACGGCUCUGCGGGACUUCAGCUCCCGCUGUGUAAGGGAGUUUCUGCAGUGGUCCAUCAAACAGACGUCUCCAAAGCAACUGGAGAAAAGCCCCAUCAACAUCAAGUCCCUGCUGAAGCGCCUGUACAGCCUGGCCCUGCACCCCAACCCCUUCAACCGGCUGGGGGCUGCGCUGGGGUUUAACAGUAUCUACAGGGACUUCAGGGAGGAGGAGUCUCAGGUGGACAUGUUCACUUUUGAGCUGCUGGUGACGUUUGUAGAGAGCCUUGCGCUGGCUCACCAUGAUGAGAAGUCGCUGGGUACGCAGGCUCAGUGUGUGGCCGUGCUGACUCACCUGGACAGGAUCGUCACCACCAAGGCAGACCUGCUGAACAAGAGCAGCAAAGUCAGGAGGGUCCCCAGGGGAUUUGACCGUGAGCGUGCCCCCGUGCUGUCUGACCUUGUGACCUGGCUGCUGCUCGAGUGUGGCCGUCCGCAGACCGAGUGCCGCCAUCGCUGCAUGCUCCUCGUCUGCAGCUUCCUCCCGCUGUUGCCGGGGAAACCGUCUCCGGGGGCGUGGAUGAAGGAACGACUGAAGGAGGCUGGACCAGACUUCUUUGUCACAAGGUUUGAAGGAGGGGGAGGGAAGUCCGGCCACAAGUCAGGCAUUAGGAAGUACCCAACCGUCAGCACCAUGGACAGCACCUUUACUGUGAGGACAGCAGUGUCCUGGUUUGACCUCCUGCUGGCUGCCUUGGACAGCUUCUGCUGGGCAUUGGGACAGCGCCUGCUGUCCCCUUCAGAUGUGCUGUCAGGAUCAGGCAAGAAGCCCAGCCAGCUGUUCACAGCGCUGGAGUUUUUCCUGUCGAAGCUGGCGCUGACAGACAUCGAUGCUGCGGCGCGGUGCUUCCGUUUGGGCGGAUCUGCGGCGGCGCUGUUCACCCCGCGGGAAACAGAGGAGUACAACUACGGGAAGUGCACGGUCAUCGUACGCAUCAUGGACUUCUUCACAGUCCUGCUGGGCAUGUUCCCACAGGAGACCUGCAAGAUUGUUCCAGACACUGUUUGGAAGAGCCCCCUGUUUGAUAUGAUUGUAACUGCAGCGCUGGAGCCGACAGCCUUGGGGUUCAACAUGGGGGAUGUGGAGAUCAUGGAAAAACUACCACAGGAGACAAGGCAGCUUCUGGUGUUGAUGUGCAGGUCACUUCCCUCCCAACAGGGGGCGCUGCUCAAGGCACAAGUGGCAGAAAAACUGGCCAGAAGAAGUUCCCACGACUUGUUCUCCCACCUGCCUGAGCUGUCAGCUGGAGCAGCUGAACUGGACCACGUCAGACUUACCCUCCUGGUGUCCGGUUACCAACAGCUCCAUGCCGCUGGUCUGCUGCUGCCGGCACUGGGUGCCCAAUCGGGGCAGUCCCUGGCCGGCGAGCUGGUGUCUGCCGUGUUCCCGGAGCAUGGUGACCCGCGGAAGGACGGACGUAAGAAGUCGUCAACCUUCCAAGGCAUGGUGUUCUUCAGCACCUUUAAGUCCUGCAUCUGCCAUCAGCUGAUCCAGAACUGCGCUGAGAGUGUUCCUGUUCUCCUGGAGCAGCUGACUGCCGAACCUGUCUGGGUGGGCAGCAUCCUCCAUGGUUUACUGGACCACCUGGCAAAAGACAAGACCCUCAGGAAGAAGGAAGGGGCGGCCCUGUCCGACACCUUGCUGCAGUCCUGGCCCAAGCUCGCCCCCUGGUGGGAGGCAGGUGCACUGCAGGACAGCAAGUCCACAGCCCUGACUCUGCUGAGGAAGAUCCUCAUCAUCGACUCGCAGGUGUCCCGUGACCCCGCCCACCCCGCCUUCCGACCCGUCUUCUCCAUGUACCUGGACAUGCUGACGGACUCAAGGUCAACACUGCCCUUCAAGAGCCAGGUUCUGGACCUGCUGCCAUUUUUCACAGUCCUGCCACAGACUCAGCUGGCAGAACUCAAAGCCAGACUGGACAGGAUGGUUGCUGACAAUUUCCCUUUGAAGUCUGCAGAGUUCCCACCAGGCAGCUCCAAGUACAACGACUACAUCGGUGCUGUUACCAAGCUCCUGAGUGCUCUGGAGCUGUCCAGCAGUUUGACCCUGCUGGAGCUGCUCAUCAAUGUGAAACUGCUCAUGGGAGCGGACAGGCAGAAGCCAGCUCUGGACAUUCCGUAUGGAAUAUUCCGCCGGGAAGGCAGUUUUCCGAACGAGAUCCGUCGCUCGGCGCUGGAGCGCGUGUGUCUGCCAAUGUUACGCCUGGUUCACCCUGCCGCGCUCACAGAGUUCUUCACCGACCACAUCCGAGAGAUAAUGGACAUCAUUGGGGCUCCCCAGACGAAGGCUGGUGAGGCAUCCCUGAGCACCCAGCUGACCAACAAGCUGUGCUGCUACCAGCUGUUGGAGACCAUGUACUCCCACCUGCUGGCUGGUGAGGCGUCCCUGUGCACCCAGUUGACCAACAAGCUGUGCUGCUACCAGCUGUUGGAUACCAUAUACUCCCACCUGCUGGCUGCUGAGGCAUCCCUGUGCACCCAGCUGACCAACAAGCUGUGCUGUUACCAGCUGUUGGAGACCAUGUACUCCCACCUGCUGGCUGGUGAGGCCUCACUGAGCACCCAGCUGACCAACAAGCUGUGCUGUUACCAGCUGCUGGAGACCAUGUACUCACGCCUGCCUAAAGAGGACGUGAACAUGCCCCUUUCCCUCAUCGUAAGGGCGUACAAGGGUCAGGAAGUCAAGGUCGGGAAUGAGCUCACCACCGCCAUCACAAAAUUUGGGCAUGCUGCAAAGAGCGAGGAUCUGCGAGGGGAAACAGGGUUGCUGGAUCUGCGACGAGAGUAUCACUGUGCCGCCUACAAUGCCCUCAUAGCCAUCAUCUCCUGCACACAGACAGACAUGAAAUUCUACACCGCAUUCCUCUUCCAGGAAAACACUGCAAAGGGCCAGUUCCUGCUCGACAACCUGAUGGACACCAACAAGACCUACCAGUUUGAUGCAGAAUUUUCAGCUCCUGUCAGCAGGAAGAAACAGUUUGUGUCCAUCAGACAGGAGGUCAGAGGUCAAGACUCUCCUGAAGCAGGAACGUCCCGCUACAUGCAGUCAUACCUGGCAGGCAGCAGUCUCAGCGAGGACAUCAGUCAGUUUGACUUCACAAGCGGUACUCAGGUGAAGAGAUCUCAGACUUUCAGUGGCACCCAAGAGAGACAUUCCCAGGCCAGUCAGGGCAGCUCUGGGCUCCAGGGACGACAGAAACAGGAUUCUUCCGUUAACAUCCAUGGCGACUUCCUGGAGAUGGAAAUGGACGAGCUAAACCAACACGAGUGUAUGUCCACCAUGUCUGCUGUUCUACAGCAUAUGGCUAGGAACAACAUCACGCCACAAGUACAGAAGGGAGCUGCUCCAAAAGACAUGCCUCCGUGGAUGUCAUGCCUCAACAAGAAGCUAGGGGGCUCUUCUACCCACAAGAACGUGAAGCUGUUCAUCACUAAGCUGGUGGUGAACAACGAGGAGGUGUUCCGUCCGUACGCGCGGUUCUGGCUGUCUCCGCUGAUGGAGCUGGUCGUGCGAGGGGAGGCCAGCGGGGAGGGCAUCAACUACUUCAUCGUGGACCUGCUGGUCACCAUGCUGUCCUGGGCAGCUGUGGCUGUUCCUGAGGACUCUGCGAUGGGUCGCGCCCUUGCCAGCCGCCUGCUGCAGUUCCUGAUGGCCAACACCUUCCACAAGAACCGCGCCAUCAUGCGCAACAACCUGGAGCUCAUCAAGACUGCCGUGGAGUGCUGGAAGGGCAGGAUGGAGGUCCCCACUAAGGUGAUCCAUGACCAGCUGUGCGGCUCCGACCCGGCCAGUAAGGGCAACGCUGUGGGGAUGCAGCUGCUGAGGGUGAUCCAUGACCAGCUGUGCGGCUCCGACCCGGCCAGUAAGGGCAAUGCUGUGGGGAUGCAGCUGCUGGGAGUGGUGCUGGCCAAUCAGCUGCCUCCGUUCAACCCGGCUACAUCAGGGAACAUCGACAGGGAACAGUUUUUCUCAGCUGUUGCCAAGAACCUGCAGCUGACGCGGUACAAAGAUGUUUACGCUGCUGCAGCUGAGGUGAUCGGGAUGAUCAUGAAGUACAUGGCAGAUGUGGAGAAGGUUACCGAUGGAGGUUUCCACACGCAGGUGGAGCGUUACCUGCUGCCUCUCCAGGUGAACCAGCAGGACGUGUUCCUCACCUGUGUGCACAAGAUUCACCUGCACUUCCCACCUUUCACAGAUAGGUUUGUGUCGAAGCUCCUUUUCAUGCUUCCCAAGCUGCAUGGAAUCUUCCGCACCAACUGCCUUGAGGUCAUCCGAGGUCGGGUCAAUGUCAUCGACAACCUCUUCCUGGAACUGAAGACCAGGAACUUCCUGGGAAUGCUCACGCACAGGGAUGACGGACUGCAGGCCAUCGCACUGCAGAUAGUGUAUGCCCUGCUGCAGAAGCUGCAGGUAGAAGAGCUACUUUACCUGCUGCCGUCCGUCGCAGCCUUCGCCUCCCACCCCGCCCCCGAGUGCCGCAGGACCAUGUACGACAUCAUGAUGUGGAUCUAUGACAACUACAGGGAAGAGGCGUCCCAACAGGAGUCUGCAGGUCAGGUCCUCGGGACAGCUAAGGACUGUCUGCUGCAGGGGCUGUCUGACGAGGAGUCUUACCUCAGACUGCUUGUGCAGAACUUCUGGAGCCACGAAACCCGGCUGCCGACAGGAACGUUGGAGCGACUGGUGGCCAUGUUGGAAUGUAUGCACUCACCCCGCACGGAGCACCAGUACCUGAGCUACUGCACAAACCUGCUCCUGGAGAUGACGUCUCGCAGCCCCGACUUCUCGCGGGAAGUCUUCCAGCAUCCGCUCUCCGAGUGCAGGUUUCAGGAUGUUCAGAUCGACCAUUCCUGGAAGCAGCGGCACGUUGCCAUGACGCCUAUGUUCGUGGAGACCCAGUCCAGCCAUCCGACCUCUUCUCAGUCCCAGGGCCACUCUCUGUCCCAGGGCGGUCAGGAGUCGCUGGGAGGUCAGCUGAGGGCGACACAAGACGUUCUGCAGUUCACAGCCACACAGGCAACAGCGGUUCCGAAGAACGCGUACAACUGGCUGACCCAGUCAAGUCUGGACACAUUUGCGGACUAUUCCGUCCCGCUCGGAACCGAGACCCAGUCAUCGCUACUCUUCACCACCGACGCCAGUAAGAAGGCGGCCAAGGCGCGCCGGCUGAAACCGGUCGGCUCCGGGUUUGGGUCGGACCGGCUGAGCGCAGGACGGGACCAGACCGAUGGGAGGGCAGCUGACGACUCUCAGCAGUCGGAGAUCCUGAGGCUGAAGAGGCGUUUCCUGAAGGACCAGGACGUAACCAGGGCCUACCACGCCCGGCGACAGAUCAGGGUGCAGAGGAUGAGGGAGGAGAGAGUGAAGGAGCAGCGAGCCAAGCGCGGGAACCUGGUGACGUUGUACCGGCAGUACCGAGUAGGAGACCUGCCCGACAUUCAGAUCAAAUACUCCUACAUCAUCGCUCCUCUACAGGCACUCGCACAGAGGGACAGCAUGCUGGCGCGGCUCCUGUUCAGCUCCUUGUUCCGGGGCAUCUUCCAGGAGAUCGAGAACGUGAAGACGGAGCGUGAGACGGAGGAACUGACGGAACAGAUCAGCAAGUUCUUAAACACGGCGCUAAGCAACAGCGAGAAGUACUUCCCUCCCUUUAUCUCCUCCCUACAGGAAAUUUGUUACCGGGAGCCGAGAAAGCUGAACCCAGAUGCGAGCGUGAUCCAGCAGACUGGGGUGGUCAGCCUGCAGCAGCCAAUAGGUAUUGUCCUCCUUGAGGAGCAGCUGGUUCAGAAGGCAGGUGUGGAGGAGCCAAGGUCCAAGCGAGCGAGGACCUCCAGCACACCUGUGUCAGCUGAGACGGCCACCUGGAUAGAGCUGGCCAGGCUGUACAAGUCCAUGGGAGACUUUGACGUCUUGCGAGGAAUCUUCGGCAGGAAGGUCGGAACCCAGACGAUCACCUACGAGGCGCUCGAGGCAGAGGCCAGGGGAGACUUCAAGAAAGCAGUGGAGCUGUACAAUCAGGCGAUGCAGCAGACCGAGUGGCCUGACCCCCAGCCUCUGUCUGUGGAGGAGGAUCUCUGGGACGACUCCAGGCUACAGUGCUACGACCACCUGACGCAGUGGAAGAACCUUUACGAAGUCUCCACCGUGAACAUUGACGACGACUCGCCCCCCGACCUUGACAAGAUGUGGGACGACACCUACUUCCAGGAGCACUACCUGCCCUUUGCCCUCAGGUCAAAGUUGAAGCUGCUGCUGGAAGGGGAAAUGGACCAAUCACUGCUCACCUUUGUGGACAGCGCCAUGCAGAAACCUGAUAGGAAAGCUUUACUGGAGUCCCGAUACUGUGAGGAGCUGGCCAUGCUGUACUUGUACCAGGAUGACUACGGCAGGGCUAAGUACCACCUGGGCACCUGUACAGAUGGCUUCCUGCAGGAGUGGUCGGGGAUGGACCGCCUCAUGGCCUCCAGUCGGGCCGCCAAGCUGCAGUCUCUGCAGAAACUCACGGAGAUGCAGGAGUUCCUGGAACUCAUCUCUAACGACCGAAAUUUUGAGACUCCAUGGCAGGUGAACCGGCUGCUGGAGAAGUGGUCCAGCCGUUACCCUGACGACAGGAUGGACCCCAUCUCCGUGUGGGAUGACAUCAUCGCAAACAGAUGUCUUUACCUGGACAAACUGAACGACAAGUUUGAGCAGAUGGCAACCCGCGGGGUGGUGGACACGGAGGGGGGAGGGGAGCCAUUCAGCCAGAGGGUACAGAGGGAGCAGUUCUUACUCAGACUGGUGCUGGUGGACAGCGCACGGGAACAGGCCAACUUCCCCGUGGCCCUUAAACACCUGAAGAGCACAGUGAAGGAGUUUACGGAAGACGACCGCCUGCGUCUGAGAUGGACCCACUGCUACACACGGCUGCACCAGAGGAAGGCUUCGCUGCUGACGGGCGCUGAGAAACUCAACAACGUGCUCACCACAUUCGAGCAGCUGGACAAGUUCAGCAGCUGCCGUGUGUUUGAGGAGGACCUGUCCGUUGCUAAGCAGCACCACACCCUGACAAGCCUGUCGUACGAGAUCGUGGCCCACGCACUUAUACAGGAGGGUGGGACUAUCCUGACUGGUCUGAAGGAGGCCAGGCGGGCUCAGCUGCUCACAGCUGCAGGUGUGGCACAGGACACCUCUGUGGAACAGGUGUGGUGCAGGACACCUGUGGAACAGGUGAGUCUAGCAUCCACAGGUGUGGCACAGGACACCUCUGUGGAACAGGUGAGUCUAGCAUCCACAGGUGUGGCACAGGACACCUCUGUGGAACAGACUAUCUCCAGCCUUCUGGAGAGAGGCCACGCCUGUCUGCAGAAGGCUGUGAAGCUGGCCAGCGACGAGGAGAAGGCGCGACACGACGCCAGUCUGGACAAGUCCGGCAUCGUGGACGCCUUCAUGGCCAUGGUCAGCUUCUGCGACAAGAUCUUAAGACAUCAGGAAGAUGAUGAGGAAGGUACAGAGCUGACCUCCAUCCCAGGACUGCCCGCUGCAGUGAUCUCUAAACUACUGCACGCCCUGCAAGAUGAUGAGGGUACAGAGCUGACCUCCAUCCCAGGACUGCCCGCUGCAGUGAUCUCUAAACUACUGCAGGCCCUGCAAGAUGAUGAGGGUUCACAGCUGACCUCCAUCCCAGGCCUGCCUGUUGCCGUGGUUACCAACCUGCUGCAGGCGCUCCGUCACGACUCCCCCGAGGCACGGCAGCGCUUCCCGCGGCUGCUGCAGCUGGUGGAGCUGUACCCAGACACCAUGGACAUCUUCAUACAGAAGGUCUCCCAGGUGCCCAGCUGGCUCUGCAUUUCCUGGCUUGGCCAGAUGGUGGCGCUGCUGGACAAGCCUGAGGCGGUGGCAGUGCACGGCAUCCUGACCAGGAUAGCGCAGGACUACCCACAGAAAACUCUAUCGGUGAUCUACUCCCUCGUGGACAAACUGAUCGGAGGGUUGGAACAGCUCAGCCAUCCAGACCAGCUCUUCAAGGACUGGGGCGACGACGCUGACCUCAAGCGGCUCCUCAAGGUCGACCCGAAGAAGAGAUCAAAGGAGGACAAGGUCAACAUCAAGAGGCUGUAUGAAGAGAUGUACAACAGCCUGCUGGAUUUCCGUUCGCCUAGCCAGGAUGCCUCCAUGUCAUCCCUGUACGGCUCCCAGUCAUCCAGCCUCGAGUCUCAGUCCGUCGGGUUCGGGCCCUUCCGCCGGCGCUUCGCCCAGCAGUUCGCCAAGGAGUGCGACAAGAUGUUCGGCAAGGACGGAGGUCGCAUCUUAGACAUGAAGGAAAAGGAAUUCGUGAAGAUGAAGAGCGGCCUGCAGAGCAUGAUGGGGGAUUUCUACCGUAAGGCGUUCCCGCGAGAGAAGGGUAACUGUUACGCUCCCGGCCUGCUGAAGGACUACUGUCCCUGGCUCAGUGACUUCAACCCGCUCGACUACGACAGGGAACUGGAGAUCCCAGGCCAGUACACAGGCAAGGAGAAGCCCCUGGUGCAGUACCACGCUAAGAUCGCUGGCUUCGACCAGAGGGUAAAGGUCAUGGGGUCCUUACGGAAGCCCAAGAGGAUCACGAUCCGCGGAGACGACGAGAGGGACCGUCCGUUUCUGGUGAAGGGAGGGGAGGACCUGCGACAGGACCAGCGCAUCCAACAGCUCUUCGACAUCAUGAACGACAUCCUGACCCUUGACCCCGCCUGCAGUCAGCGCCAGCUGCGCAUCAGGACCUACGGGGUCAUCCCCAUGACCUCCAGGGUGGGGCUGAUCGAGUGGAUGCAGAACACCACCCCCCUGGGGGGUUUCCUGGAGAGCGCCAUGACCCCCAGGGAGCAGGACGUGUUCCUGCACCAGAGGCAGCCCAUCAGUGACUACGCCGGCUACGUGCACCGGCUCAGCGGGGCGGCGAAGAACGACCCAUGGGGCAAGGUGUACGGAGCUCUGUACCAGAAAGCGAGCAGAACAGACGUGACCUUGGCCUUCAGACAGGUGCAGAGCAAGGUCACCUGGGACAUCAUGAGGCGCGGCUACCUGCAGCUGAGCUCAUGUCCGGAGGCAUUCCUGACUCUCCGAGCCCACUUCACCACGACCCACGCCGCCCUCUGCAUCGCGCAGUACAUCCUCGGCAUCGGCGACCGCCAUCUUGGAAACUUCAUGAUCGACCUUGAGAGCGGAGGAAUGGUGGGGAUCGAUUUUGGACAUGCUUUUGGCUCCGCAACUCAGCACCUCCCAGUGCCCGAGUUGAUGCCGUUCCGCCUGACCCACUGUGUUGUUGUUGUUGUUGAUGUUGUUGUUGAUGUUGUUGUUUACUUGAGCCACAUCUGGACUGGAAGGUAACCUUUCACCUUUACCCCUAACCUCUGACCCAACAUCCUCCUCAACACCAUGGACGUCUUCAUCAAGGAGCCCCAUCUGGACUGGAAGAACUUUGCUGCCAAGCAGAUGGACAAGGGCAUGGUUGGGGAGGAUGACGACCUUGACGACAUCAGCUGGUACCCGAGGGAGAAGAUCAAGUUUGCUGCCAAGAAGCUACAGGGGGUCAACCCGACACACAUCACCAAAGCUGAACUCCAGCUGGGCCACAAGAGCUUCCCCUGGUUCAAGUCUUUCUGCCAUGUUGCCGCGGGCGACGGAGGGAAGGAUGUGCGCGCCCAGAAGCCUGCGGAGGGGCUAAGUGUGGAGGAUCAGGUGGCCUGCCUGAUCGACCAGGCGACGGACCCCAACAUCCUGGGGCGCACGUGGCAGGGGUGGCAGUCGUUCAUGUGAAAUAAACAAACAAACAAACAACGUUGACCAGGCUACGGACCCCAACAUACUGGGGCGGACAUGGCAGGGCUGGCAGUCUUUCAUGUGAAAUAAACUGUUUUAGGCUUAGCUGAUGUGAUUUCACAGUACUUGUAUGACCGGUCGCAGCACAUUCUGACAUGUUUUGGCUCACCUUUGAUACUUGGAUACUAAUGAAUGUCAAGCCAAAAGUAGUUGGAGAAUAAAAUGUACUCAAACCUUGAAAUCGAUGGAGAUUUACAUAUAGAUACCC